GUAGAGCAAAGUUCCUAGGACUGGGUGUGGGGAUGUGCAAAGAUCACAAGGGAAAGACUCAGAAAAGUCAGAUUUCAAAGGCUAGAGAGAUAAUUUGUUCUUUUUGGGUCACCUAUGGCUGUCUGUUUAUACUCUAAGGGAUGUAAUCAACACUUUCAGUUUGGGUUUUACAGGGAAAGUGGUUUCCCAAAACAAGACAACUGUAGGGGGUGGGGAGAGGAGGGACAGGUCCAUAAUUGCUGCUUUGUGGUGUCUAUGCGCCCUCUACUGGGAGAGCUGAGACCUGCUCAUCUCAGAAGGAUGGGGUCACUGUGUCCAAAGUUUCUCCCAGCGCAAUAGGGACUGGCUCUGUUGUGUAGAGAGGAUAGCACAUUGUGCCAGAGACAGAAACUAAUCCAUGCAGCCUUGAGGGGCGGGAGUAGAUCUGUGAGGGGCAGGCAGGACAAAGGUAAACUGCUGGACUGGGGCCCAGGUAUUGCCCCUGUCUGGGCGACUGCCCCUACAUUCAGGAACCAGACCUUGUGGGUGAGGACAUGCUGUCCCUCCUGCCAAGUUAAUAGCUUCCUCCUCCAGCCAGAAUCCUGCCCCAGGCGGAAAUAAAGCUCUGUACCUACGGUAGCUCCUGCCCAGAUUCUGCUUUGUCAAAACCACCCUGCAGCUCAGGCUCAAGGGGUAUGGUCACCCCUCAUGGACUGCCCUUCUCCCCAGAAUUCCAUAAUGAAGGCCCAUAUGCUUGUAGGUGUGCUGGUCAUGGUGGGAUUCACAGUGGGAAAGGCUCCUGUUCCUGAACUCCGGACCUGCCACCUCUGCCUCUUGGAAGAUCCUUCUGUAGGAUGCAUUUCAGGCUCGGAGAAGUGCACUGUCAGCAGUGCAUCCCCAUGCAUGGUGAUCACCAUCUAUUAUGAGACCAAGGUUCGCUUCUUCAUCCGAGGCUGUGGACAGUAUAAUUCUUACCGCUGCCAAGAAAAACGCUCCACCUACUUCCCAGAGUACUGGUACCAGGCUGAGUGCUGCCAGUACGACUACUGCAACUCCUGGUCCAGCCCCCAGGUCCAGGGCUCCCUGCCUGAGCCCACUGACGGGUCCCUGCCCCGGCCCCUGUCCAAGUCCCAGAUCCAGUGGUUCUACCAGGCCCUGAACCUCUCACUGCCCCUGCCCAGCUUCCAUGCUGAGAAGAAGCCUGAAGGCCUGGACCCCCUGGCCGCCCCACCCCUGAACCUGAGCUUGUCCAUUGCUGAGCUGCGCCGCAUAUACUUGUUCCUCAACAAUUCAGGACUUUUGGUUCUUCCCCAGGCUGAGCCCUGACAUUUUACCCUUCCUGGAUUCCACUCUAAUCCGGCAUCUCUCCCCUAACACCCCAGCAUCCUUCACUGCCCUCUCAGAAGACCACAUUCUCUGGUCUGUGAGUUCUCGGGCCUCUUUUCCUCUGUACUUCAUGGCUGUUUUAGUUUAGUUUCCUCCCCAGAAAGCAGUUGGCACUGCACCCACUGCCCUUUGUCCGUUUAGAAAACAGUCUCAAAGGUGGGUAAUGCCUAGGCUGCCCUAGGAAAGGCACAGUGGUUUCCUCAUCCCUUUCCCGUCAUCCCCCCCCUCGGCUUCCUGAUCCUCUCUCAGUCUGGUCACUUCCCACUUCCAUUCUUACACUCUCUCUAAAACCUUGUGCCAGACUGGACUUGCAUCAAGAAGGGUGAGGGAUGGACUUCUGUGCAGAUUUCCUGACUUGGUACUCUGGCGUUCCUACCUCACUGUCUCCACCACCCUCACUCCCACCUGGUCUCCUACUGCUUUCUCUCAUCUCAUCUUCGUCUCUGGCUUCCUCAGCUCCACUUCACGCCACUGAGUCCUGGCACCCGCUUCCACAGGUUCCCGGAGAGGGGAGAGGCUCUGUCCUCUGCUCCACACUCCCCAGUUUCCCUCCACAAUAAACAAACUGGGCUAA